UUCAAAGGAGGACAGAGGAUCGUAAUAUGCGAGUACGUGUGGCACUGGUGGUUUUGCGAGGAAAGAGACCACUAUUCGGCCUGAAUUUCCAUACUGAAGUUUAAUUUCAAGCAUUUAAUGCGCAAGGAAUCGAUCAAGUGGCUAUGGAGGUCAGCCGAAUGAAAGAAAAUUUAUUUGUCUUGAUCAUUUUCGCGGAAUCUUUAGCAUGUUUUCGCGGGUAAUUUUUGGACGGACUGCGCGUGCGCUUUGGAGGCUCAAGCCCUUAUGGACCAACCAGAGUCCACUAUUCAGAACACACGAGGGUUCAGUUAGGUGCUCUAGCAUGGCGGAUGCCGGUGGCGACGGAAACAUUAGCAAGAACGAGCUAAAGAGAAGGCUCAAAGCAGAGAAGAAAGCUAAGGAGAAGGAGGCGAAACAAGCGGAGGCGCCUAGCUCUCAAGCAGCUGAGAACAAGAAGAAAGAUGAAUUAGACGAAGAGUCAUUGGAUCCAAACCAAUACUUUAAAAUCCGAAGCCAAGCUAUACAAGCUCUGAAGGCUAGUAAUGAUUCUCCAUACCCUCACAAGUUUCAUGUAUCCAUCUCAUUAACGGAAUUCAUUGAAAAGUACAAAGAUGUCGCUGAUGGGACAUGGUCAGAUGAUGUGGUUUCUGUUAGUGGUAGAAUCCAUGCAAAACGUCUGUCUGGUGCUAAGCUAAUAUUUUAUGAUUUGAGAGGAGAAGGAGUGAAGAUUCAGGUAAUGGCAGAUGCUAGAGCUGCUGAACAAGAUUUUGUUGAGGUCCACAAUAAGAUUAGACGUGGUGAUAUAAUUGGAAUCCGUGGAAAACCAGGCAAAACAAAGAAGGGUGAAUUGAGCAUCCUGCCAUCAGAGGUUCAAUUGCUAUCACCUUGUCUGCAUAUGCUCCCUCAUCUUCACUUUGGAUUGAAGGAUAAGGAAACAAGAUAUAGACAGCGUUAUCUGGAUCUCAUUCUCAAUGACAAAGUGCGGCAAAAAUUUAUUGUCAGAGCAAAGAUCAUCAAUUAUGUUCGGAAGUUUCUUGACAAUUUGGGCUUUCUUGAAGUAGAAACACCACUGAUGAACAUGAUUCCAGGAGGAGCUGCAGCCAAACCUUUCAUCACACACCACAAUGACCUGAAUAUGGAUCUCUACAUGAGAGUUGCUCCUGAACUGUAUCACAAAAUGCUUGUUGUUGGAGGAAUUGAUAGAGUGUAUGAAAUUGGAAGGCAGUUUAGGAAUGAAGGUAUUGAUAUGACUCAUAACCCAGAGUUCACCACUUGCGAGUUCUACAUGGCCUAUGCAGAUUACAAUGAUCUUAUGGAGCUUACAGAAGUUAUGUUGUCUGGAAUGGUCAAGUCACUAACAGGGGGUUAUGUGGUUACAUAUCAUCCAAAUGCAACUGAUCCUGAAAACCUUGGUGAACCUCUGACAGUAGACUUUACUCCACCUUUUAAAAGGGUUCGCAUGGUACCUGAUCUUGAAAAGGCAUUGAAUGUCAAGCUGCCUCCCCCAUCUGAGUUUGGCACAUCAGAGACAAGGCAGAUUUUAGAUGAUUUGUGCAUCAAACACAAUGUGGAUUGCAGUUCUCCGAGAACCAUUACAAGACUGUUAGACAAACUUGUUGGUGAAUUUCUGGAAGAGACCUGUGUCAAUCCAACUUUCAUCAUUGAUCAUCCUCAAAUAAUGAGCCCACUUUCAAAGUGGCAUAGAUCUGUCCCUGGCCUUUCUGAGAGAUUUGAGCUCUUUGUUUGCCGUAAAGAGGUGUGCAAUGCAUACACAGAAUUGAAUGAUCCUGUUGUACAGAGGGAGAUGUUUCAGCUUCAAGCCAAGGAUAAAGACGCUGGUGAUGAUGAGGCAAUGUUCGUGGAUGAAAACUUUUGCACAGCUCUUGAGUAUGGCCUGCCACCCACAGCUGGUUGGGGUAUGGGAAUAGACAGACUCACAAUGUUCCUUACGGAUUCAAAUAACAUCAAGGAGGUACUAUUUUUCCCAGCUAUGAAACCAGAUGAGAGCGGAACGGCCGAUCAGGAUAAACCAGGAGCCAAUCCCGGAGAAAACGAGAAAAAUUGAUAUUAAAACUUUUUUCCCAUGCCAGAACAUAAACAGUUUUAUAUCAAAAUAGAAAUUCAUGUAAUGGACACUUCCAAUUACAAUUUUUAGACAACACGAAUGUAUGGCGAUCAAAAGAGUAGAUUGAAAUCAAACAGCCUCUGAUGAACUCCAAAGCUCUCUCCUACGGGGACAGAGUUGAAGGAUAAUCAUUUUAACUUUUUGUAGUGUGCUACAUCAGCAAACAGCUAGGAAUUCUCUAAAUUUUGUUUUUGCACGUCAAAUUCUCGUUUAGGCUGAUCAGUGUUGUUAUUGUUGUUUCCAAUAUGAAGUCGAAAGUAUAUCAAAAGAUACUUGAAGUUCCUCUAUGGAAAUGAGGAUAAGAGUGACCUUUGAUAUGAAAUUAAUUUUUAUUCCCAUGUAGAUGAACUAAUUUUCAUAAUGUUUAAGUUUUGCUCUUGGCCUCAUUUUGUUCAGACCUUUAAAGUGACCUAUAAAUUGGAGCCAGUCCGUUUGCCAAUCUUGAAGCUUUAUCUAAUUUUUCACGAAAUUACUAAAAUCAAACUAUAAUGUCAAUAAAGAGGAAAUUUGAAGAA